ACAGGUCAAAGGUGAAAACGAGUUGCGGUUGGUCGUCACCCUUGACCUUUUUUUUUUUUUUGUGAGCGGAACCAAUCAAACGUACUUCCUGUUUCUGACCGGUUAGCACGUUGCCUUUUUCCUCCGCACCGCCGCACCGGACUCAUCACCAGCAGCAUGCCGAAGGCCAAGCAGUCCGCCCGGAGGAAGAAGUUCAAUUACAAUGUGGACCGGAAGAAACUGAAGAAACAGUACAUCAAGAAAUGCAACCCGAGGAUAGAAAAUUCACAGAUCCGAAAUGCGUGGGACGACAAGAAGUCCAUGGCCAGAAACCUGCAGGAGAUGGGUCUGGCUUUUGAUCCCAACCGCACACUGCCAAUAAAGAAAAAGAGCCUCAUCGGGAAAGACAAGGAGACGAAAGCUCCCGCCGGCAUCGUGACCAAGCCCUACGUUAUCAGCCAGCUGGAGGAGGAGGCCGCCCGCCCAGAGAGAGACUCCAAGACCUUGUCCUCCGACCUGAUGGAGUACGCUCAGUACAUGAUCCGAGAACACAAGGACGACUUCAAGGCGAUGGCCCGGGACGAGAAGAACUACUACCAGGACACGCCCAAACAGAUCAAGAGGAAAAUAAACGAGUACAAGCGCUGCCACCCGGACCACUACGACAACUUCAUGAAGUCGCUAGCUGCCCCGGAGCCCAUGGCCCAGUAGGGGGGGGACGUCAACGCCGGUCCAGGACUUCAGAUCCUUCUCUGUACCCGGAGCUUAUUCAGGACUAUUCUAGACUGUCAGCAGGACCCAAGUCCCAGCGUGAGGACCCAAGUCCCAGCGUGAGGACCCAAGUCCCAGCGUGAGGACCCCAGAUGCUAGAUCUCUUGAGCUGGGUUCCUAAGCCAUACUUUUUUUUGGACACCAAUUUUUUUAAAAAAAUAAAUAAAUCACGGCACAGACGUUUUAUUUUCCAGCUCCGGCUACGCGAGCCCCGUCCGCGUGUGACGUAGUUUUCCCUACGUGUCUCCGUGACGUGCAACGUUAAACAGCCAAUCACUGUCAUUGUUAGAUCUUGGUAGAAGCAUGCUGCGUGCUUAUUGGCUCCCUGACACCGAUGAUAUUUACUCCUCAAGGUAUUACAAUUGGGCGUUCAAUGACGAGGCAUCUUUCAGUACUCGGCACAUUUAGAGGCGACUUGGUCUGGGUCUAAAGUGUGAUGAAUUUGGUACCCAGCCCUUCUCGUACCCCCCCCCCAACCCCCCCCCAAAUUCCCAAUAACCGACAGGUGACAGGAAGUUGUGAUUUCAAAGAGCCUUGAGGGACCAGCACUACUUUAGUGUCUUUUUACCUUUCAGGACCUUUCUGUUGCUUUCCUCCUUGUCAAGAUGUCAUGUUGUUUUUUUUUUCUCCAUUUUUUGGAUUUCAGGAAUAUUGUCUCUCUUUGAUCUCUGUUCUGGUCAUUAAAACAUGACAGAUGUA